ACUAUAGGCCACACAUUUCCAUCAUUCAACGUUAUAUUUCACUAAUCACCACACAUAGAUAUGCAUUUACAGGAACAUUAGUUAAUUACAAAAGCCUAAUCAUCCAUCUCUUUUUGUUUAUUCAUUUUUCUUAAUUCAUGGCAUCUUUUAGGUUCUCAGUUCUGGUGAUCACGAUUUCACUUGUCAUUGUCACAGCAUAUUCCACACUUGAUGCCGAUGAAACUAUUGAAUUCGGGUAUGUGGGUCCUAAAGGACCUGAUAAAUGGGGAAGCCUAGACCCCAAGUUCGCGGUUUGUGCAGAUGGCAAAGCACAGUCUCCAAUCGACAUUUCGAGGACCAAAGCAACCCCCAAUAACCAGCUCAGAGCCUUAUCCAGAGACUAUUACUCUGCCGGUGCCAAAUUAGUAAACAAUGGCUUCAACAUCGCUGUACACUUUGACUCGAGCGCGGGAACGAUGAACAUAGAUGGCAAGAAUUACAGUCUCUUACAAUUGCAUUGGCAUACUCCAUCGGAACACACAAUGGAUGGAAAGCAAUUAGACGCGGAGCUUCAGUUGGUCCACAAGGCGGAUGAUGGCAGCAUGUCUAUUACAGGCAUUCUUUACCAAGUAGGCAAUGGAGACUCGUUUCUAGGCAGGGUGCAAAAACAUUUAAAAGAGUUGGCUAAAGAUAAAUGCGGACCCAACGAACAUUCUGAAAUUCCUCUUGGGAACUUGAGCACAAGGCAACUGAAGAGAAGUACUCGAAACUAUUUCAGAUACACUGGCUCUUUCACGACACCUCCCUGUACCGAGAAUGUUACCUGGAUUAUUUUUGGCAAGCCUUCAUCUAUGUCUCAACAACAAAUAGACGCGUUAAAAGCUCCAAUGGAAGAGGCAUAUAAGAUGAACGCAAGGCCCGUGCAACCUGACAAUGGUCGACCAGUCAAUCUUCAUGAUGAGCCAAAGAAAGUGUAGAUGGAUGGAUCUAUAGGCUAUAUUGUCAUUCUUAACAAAGGAAUUAAGUACUAGGAUCAACUAAUAGAAUGUAGCUAAUUGUAUAGUGAAGGGCUGUCGUGAGUUAAUUUUUAUAGCUACCAUAACCACAAGGCUAAUGGCCAGAAAGAUAAGUCUUAGAACCUGUUAUAUAUUUUUGUAAAAGCGGAAGUGGAAAUAAUUGUUUUUCUCUUUUAUUAUUCUUUCUGGAUGCAACUGCAAAUUGAGAUGUACCUUACUUUUAUCUUUAACAAAUGAGGGAUCUUAUUAUGCUUUA